AUGUUCGAUUCCCGUUACCGAACGCAGAAAGAACGCAAAGCGGCUAAACCGACGUUCCAGAGCAAGGUAUACAACUGCCUCGAACGUCCUGCUGGUUGGAAGUGCUUCAUGUAUCAUUUUAGGCCAGNUUUCCUCAGCCUUCCUAUGCUUCAGAUGUUCGAUUCCCGUUACCGAACGCAGAAAGAACGCAAAGCGGCCAAACCGACGUUCCAAAGCAAGGUAUACAACUGCCUCGAACGUCCUGCUGGUUGGAAGUGCUUCAUUGUUUUUGUUGUUGUUUUGGUAUGUCUGAUCCUCAGUGUUUUGUCAACAGUCGAACAACAUAGUCGAUUUGCUGGUGAACUUCUUUUCCUAUUGGAAAUUUUUCUCGUAAUUUUUUUCGCUAUUGAAUAUUGUGUACGGUUAUGGGCAGCUGGAUGCCGUUCAAAAUAUCUUGGCUUUUGGGGACGACUUCGUUUCGCCAAGAAACCUAUCUCAUUCAUUGACCUCUGUGUGGUUCUGGCUAGCAUUACGGUGAUUCUUGUAGGAAAUGAAGGCCAAGUUUUUGCUGCCAGUGCAAUACGAGGAGUUCGAUUUUUGCAAAUUCUUCGAAUGCUUCAUGUCGAUCGGCAGGGUGGCACUUGGAGAUUGUUGGGUUCUGUGGUGUUUAUCCAUCGCCAAGAACUCAUCACCACCUUGUACAUCGGAUUUCUUGGACUUAUAUUUUCGUCAUAUUUUGUGUAUUUGGCCGAGAAGGAUCAUAUCGCUCCAGACGGAAGACAAUCUUUCACCAGCUAUGCAGAUGCUUUGUGGUGGGGAGUGAUCACCAUGACGACUAUAGGCUACGGUGAUGUGGUUCCACAAACGUGGCUUGGACGAAUCGUUGCAUCGUGCUUUUCGAUCUUCGCCAUUAGUUUCUUCGCUCUACCAGCGGGUAUCCUCGGUUCGGGAUUCGCCCUGAAAGUUCAACAAAAGCAGCGCCAGAAGCACUUCAAUCGCCAGAUUCCAGCUGCUGCCACUCUAAUUCAGUGCCUAUGGAGAUGCCAUGCAGCCGAAAAGAACAUCGCCGCCACAUGGCGAGUCCAUGUUGAUCCAUUAGCCGGCCAAACAAGUGAGCUGCACCAUCGGAAACAAAACGGCACAACCUCCGAAGACGCCGUCAGUUAUAAAAGGAAGCUAUUCAGAAAGCAGCACUCCAAGACGGGUUUGAUGGGUAAUACGAAGAAGAGCCGUCCUAGCGCUGUCAGUGUGGAUUUGGAAAUGGGUGAAAGAAAAAAAGACAAAGAGAGAAACAGCGAUGUUGAAGAUGAUCGGCAAGCACGAAAACCCUACGAUGUGCGAGACGUCAUUGAGCAGUACUCACAAGGCCAUCUUAAUAUGAUGGUCCGAAUUAAGGAACUUCAAAGGCGGCUGGAUCAAACGCUCGGAAAACCUGGGCAAGAUCGCGCGUCAAAGACACCCUGGGGCGGUGCGACUACAAUUGGAGCACGGCUCUCACGAAUCGAGGUCCAGAUAACCGGUCUCGAGCGCCAGAUGAACACAGCGCUGAGUCUUCUGACAAAUUUAUGUCGACAACAAGCCUUAGAUCGACGAUCCUCGAACGCUUCCAAUACAUCUCAACUGGAACGGUCACCGUCCGUUCGCGACACGUUCUCGCCCACUCUUGGAGUCUUUCAAUGA